AUCUAAUUAUGUCGUUUAACUUUGUUUUUUUUUUCAAUUUCGUUGAUAAUACAUUACACUUAAUAUUACUUUCUUUUUUACACACCCAUUUUGUUUUGGGCUUACAAAUCGUAAAUGGCCCAGAGCAAUGUUAUCUUAUGGUUUAUUUGAUAUUUUCUUCAAUAUUUACAAAUGUGUUAGUAUAUUGCUUUACCAACUGAACACAGAAAAUCAAUAAUGAAAUUUUUCAAAAUAUGCUAACCCGUUGCAAACCAUUCGAUUAAACCAUUGCAAACCCGUUCCUAUCAAAACGUAACUACACCAUUAUAUUCAUAUUUUCUAUUACAUAUGCAUGAUAUAAACAGAGAAUAAUAUUCUUUAUGACUUUGCAUACUAAAAUUUAGUAUAUUUAAUUUUAUAAUAAAGGUACGGUUUGGUUGUUUUAUGGUUUAGAUUUUGGUUUGCAAAGUCAAAUAUUUUUUAUUGUUUAUCAAUUUGUUAUAUUUUGGUAAAUGCCCAUAAUAUGCUCUUUAAAGAUCAUAAUACGUUAAAAGAUUAACACACAAAGUACACUCUAAUUUGGGUUUUGAUUACUGUACGUCAAAAACACAUGUCUUUUUUCCCGGAAAAAGUAUAAAUGGGCUUUGAUUACUGUUUAAAGUCCACUUUAAUUUGGGUUAAAUAUUAGAAUUGCUAGAGUUAUCUAAUCUAAAAAAUGUGGGUUCGGUUAUUUUACCAAUUUUAUUUGUUCCUGACAAUAUUGUUUUCUUGAAAUAUGUUAAAAAUAAUUAAAAAAUAUUGAGUUAGUAAUCAAAAAAAUAUUUGUAUAGUUUUAUUAAACUGCCAAAAUCUACACUAAACACUCUAAUAUUUUAAGAUAUAAUAUUUUUAAAACCAAUUUCACUGCAAAAACACAUACAAAAAAAACACAAGACAACGUUAUAAUCUAAAAAUAAACACAAAACAAAAUGAACACCAAACACCAAUGUCAGAACUUACAAACCUAUAAAAAACAUCAUUAAUUUUACAACAAAUAAAAAAAAUUAAAUUACGGAAAACAUACAUCCGCGCGGAUGCGCGGGUCAAAAUCUAGUGUUACAUUAAUUAAGACUCUGAUUUUAUAAAUAUAUAUAUAUAUUUUUUUUUAUAUAUAAAAAUAUUGUUUAACAAAACAAAAGAGCCGUUGUUUUAUUUUUAUUGUAAUAUAUACAAUUUCAUAAAGUAAAAUUUUAGGAAAAGUGUAAUAUAAUAUACCUUUUUUUGGGCAAACGUGUAAUAUAUACUUUUUUUGGGCAAACGUGUAAUAUAAUAUACCUAAGUUAUGUUCUUAUUGAGUUUUUUUUUUCAUCUAAGCAAAACUGAAAACAACAGAAAAAGAAAGGUGAGCUAUUGGAUGUAAAAAUAAAUGACACAGGGGCAAACGUGAUAUUGGACAUUUGAUAUGUAUGGCUUUCAUAGUCAUUAUUAUCCUUGAUGAAAAAAAACUUGUGAUCUUUGUUGAUGUUAAGACUCAACAGAAAAUAAGUUAAUUAUCCCAAACAAAAUUAAAACAACUAAUAAUAUUUUUAAAUGACGUGUAUAUACACUAUAUAUUCAAAGAUUUGUUACCAAAUUUAAUGUAUUCAAACGGAAAGUGCCCAGCUGUUUAGGCAGAGGAUUCGAUCAUCCAACGUCCUCAAAUAUCUUGUUUUGCAAUCUCAUCCACAUGUUAAUUUGCUAUAAAACCAUGCUCGCGUUAUCUCUUCUUAUCCAUGCCACUUCUCUUCUCUUUCUCUUGUCUUGCUGAAGUUUUGGGAUCUUACACCACAACAAACAACAACCAUAUUUUUGUCUUAUUUGUAUCAUUUGUCAUCUUAAGGAAAGUAAAAUAUUGAUUGAUCUGAAUAAUGAUGGGAGCCAAUGAUGAGAGAAGAACGCCUUUAAUGAAUCUUGGGGUUCAAGUGUCGAUGAGAGUGUUAGCCAUUGGCACUGCAUUGGCCUCCAUGGGGCUCACGAUCACUAACCAUGAAGUCGCUUCUGUUUAUGGCAUAAAUUUUGAGGCUAAAUACGACUACUCAUCUGCCUUUAGGUAUUUGGUGUACGCAGAAAUAGCUAUCGCCGGCAUGACAUUGUUUACACUCGUAUGGGCUUGUUUAGCUGUCCGUAGAAGAGGACUUGUUUUUGCACUAUUCUUCUUUGAUUUGCUAACGACGCUGACGGCUAUAUCGGCUUUCUCCGCGGCCAUGUCGGAUGGUUACAUCGGAAAGUAUGGUAAUACACACGCCGGUUGGCUUCCGAUAUGUGGCUACGUCCAUAACUACUGUAACCGUGUUACUCUCUCACUUGCAUUGGCCUUCGCAUCUUUUCUCCUCUUGUUCAUCCUUACUGUCUUAACUGCCUCAGCUGCUCGUCAUUUCUAAUUAACUUUCUUUACUUUUCGUAUUAUACAUUUGCUUUUAACUCAUGAUUUUUCAAGCUUUCUUAUAUACUUAUUAUUAUAAGAUGAAAAAUCUAAAGAAAGAAAUUGUAUGAUUCCGUAAGGUGUUUAUCCUUGAGACUCUUGUUACUUGUUAUGUUAAUUAAGUCUCGUCUUCAUUUGUUUUUAUCC